GGAGGAGUCUGGCUUGUGUGCUAAGGAGUAGGUGAGUUAUUGCAGAGAGUGUGCGGUCAUGUGGAUUGCCUCUCCCUUUCAGAAAGUUCUCUCUCCCUCGCUCCCUCUCUCCGGGACUGGAUGGAUAGCUCACAUCGUCUGGCUUCAGCCCCGGAGUCCCUGCUCCUGUUUAAUAUUCUGCUUGCUCCACUGAUGUUGUGCUUGGCUCCUGUGGGACUGCAACUCACGGCUUGAAACCGGAGCCAAUUUUCUGUCUUAAUCUCCGUGUUUUGACUGGAGGCAGAUCCAGUUCAGCCCAAUCGGGGCUGAUGGAAACAACUACCUAAGAGUCUCGCUCUGUUUCGCUGGGGGAGGGAAAGAAGAAGGGAGGAAAAACAGAGAGAGAGAGAGAGAGAGAGGAACGGAGGAGAGAGAGAGAGCAGAGCAGCCACCCGUCAGACCCACGCACACAAUGUCGCUGCUGAGGUCGCUGUGCUUGUUCGCAUGAGAGACCAGCGGCGGCGCCGAGUAUGUGGGGAGAAUAAAGUGAUCCUCUUGCCAUCCGGGAGCAUCGCUCGCUCGCAUCGCUCGGACGGAGGAGGCGCCGCGCCGCGAUGACUCUGGUGCUGCCGCUGAGCAGCUUCUGCGAGCCCAUUGUCUCCUCCGAAGGAGCCGCCGAGUUCCAGCCGCUGUGGGAGUCGCGCUGCUGCAGCAAGAGCAGCCCCGCCUCGGAGGCAGCCGCUACCGCCAGCGGCAGCAGCAGCAGCAGCCCGGGGCCAGCGGGGCAGGCGCAGCCGCCGCCGUCGCAGGGAGACACCAGGGCAGCCGCGGGGCAGCCUCCGCCGGCAGGAUCCCACCACAGAGGAAUUUCAAAUCCUAUAGCAACAUCCAAGAUUACAUACUUUAAAAGGAAAUAUGUGGAAGAAGAGGAUUUCCCUUCACCGCUUAGCAGCUGUACAUCUAAAACAAUCUCUGUCUUUGAGGAGCGGGCACAUAUCCUUUAUAUGUCUUUGGAAAAACUGAAGUUCAUUGAUGACCCUGAGGUCUACCUAAGGAGAUCUGUUCUCAUAAACAAUUUAAUGAAGAGAAUUCAUGGGGAGAUUAUUAUGCAAAACAGUUGGUGUUUCCCUGCUUGCUCUUUUGGCAGCACUUCAGCCCAAGAGUGGUUCAUGUCUCAUGACUGUCCCUACAGGAAACGCCUUCGGAUGGCAAGAGAGGACGGUGAAAAGAUCCACACCUGCUGCUUUUAUCAAGAAUGUGGCAGCCACUAUUUAAGUUUACCCUUAUCUACUAAUUCUGCAAUUGGAAAUUCCUCCUCUUCCUCCUCCUCCUCUUCAGUAUCUUUGCCAAGUUGUUCUCAACAGGAAGAAUACAGUGUCAGCAGCACCCCUCUUUACAGGAGUGAUGAUCAGAUACAUGCCAAUGAAAUGUUCAUUACUAAUGUUGGGCCACAUGGGAACCAGGACAAGACAAUAUUAAGCAAUGAGAAAGGAGCCCAUGAAAUGGAACGAGACCGUGUUUCGGACUGGGAACCUAUGAAAAGUGAUCAUGGCAUUGAAUGUAAAAGCAAAUAUUAUGAUUAUUUUGAGACAGGGCGUGGUGACAAGAACAACAUGAAUUGGAAGAAAUCCUUACGGAAAAGGGAAUGCUUGCCAGGUGGCAAAAUUUGUUGCAGUAAAGGAAGUAAAAUAUGAACCAUCUUCACAAUUAUUCUGAAGCAUGCACAGCAUGUUGAAUUUCUCAAACAACAUUUCAUUCCGAAUGGAUGUUCUUAUAGUUUUAUACAACCAAUACAAUCAUGUCUCAAGCUUCGUGGAUAGUUUUAAUUAUUGGAGAGCAGAUUGCAUCAAAGUGUAUGUAUGGUCUGCAUCCCAGAACUAUUUAUAAAUAUAUGGAGUCUUCAUAAAGAGCACAUUUGAAUUGUGAUGUAUAAGUCUAUUUUAGCUUUUGUUCCUGAAAGAACCAAUAAACCAGAUGGAGAAAACAAAACCUUUCCCACAUAUCCUCCCCUCGGGGAGCCAGACAUGAAUCAAGAGGAAUCUCCUUUAUGCUUAUCAAUUAAUUAUAUAUUUGAUAGACAAAUCAUUACCAGCAAAGGGGGUGGUAUACUUCUUGUCCAACAAUAAUUGCUGCGAGAAAGACUGGAUAUAGUUGAAGAGGAAUAAACCCACAUCAUGAUCUAGUAUUGACACUAUUCAGAAAUAUUUAAGUGUCUGGUUCAACCAACCCAGCAGGGUGCAAUAACACCUUUUUAUGGAAAUUUAAAUCAAAAAUACCACACACAGCUCCAGCACAAGUACAGUUUUCAAAUAAGCUGCAAGAAUGAACAAGCCUUAUGGUGGUUUAUUGCUAUACAGGGCGGAGUUUCUUUGGUGCCUUACUUUUUAUCUUAAUUUUUCCAGGGUGAAAAUUAAGUUUAAAAAACAGAGCUUCAGCAGGGAUGUAACCUAAACAGGAAAAAAAUAAUAAUAACAGGGUGGAUCAAAUAUUAUUAGAAACCUGUAUCCUUUGAAAUACUAAGUUUGAUUUCUUAUUCAAACGCCUCUAUUCUUCCUUUUUGCUCAAUUGCUUUUUGAUUUGCCAUCCUUAGGAAGGGAUUGAAGAAGAAACAAUAGAGAGACAUCUCUUGUAAACAAGCAUUAGCUGCUUGAACAUUUCUAUGGCAACUGUCUGUUGCUGUGAUUUUUCCUUUUUCUUUCUGGUAUAAUGAAGUUCAUGAACCAGUGGCAUGCUUUAUACUUUACUCUGUUUCACAUCAUUUUCUCUCUUUAAAAUUGUAAAGAGCAUGUACUGGGUUUUCAUAUAACUUUAGGGUUUUUUAUGUUGGGGGAAAAAGCACAAUGUUAAUAAAUGAUGUGGUAAUGAGAUUUUUAUCUGAAAUGAAUGUAAGGGUUUUAAUCUUUUUUUUUUUUAAGAAAAAGAUUAUCUUGGAGAAAAUAGGGGGUAUCAUCUCUAAUUGUAAAAAAAAAAAAAGGUCAGCUUCAAGUGUCUCCGUUUUAAAAUGCACAUUUUGGGCAGGAGCUGGCUUGAAGUUUGAGUGCCACUGAUAGCAAUGAGAUGGUUAAGCACACAAUACAACCCUUUACAUUUAUGCUCAGUCCUAGGGAGAAGGACAUAAAUUAACAGGACUAUCAACAAUGACAAAAUGCUUAAUUUUGGCUGAAUUAUGCUAUUAAUUUUGUUCAAGGUGAAUGAAGAACUUCCUCUCACCUGAACCCAGCCUAUCUUUCAGUCACCAUAGAUCCCCAAAUGAUCAGCAGUCGCUUUUCCAAAGCUUGUCAUUGAUCCCCUACAGACUCUAUAACGGUAUUCACAUGACCUACCGGGCGGGUGGUGGAGAAGGCAGGGUUUCACCUAUCUCCCCCCAAAACGAUAAAACAAAUGUUGCCUCGAGCGCAGGCUGUACUCCCAGAUGAUCUGUGCUAUGCCAAGCAGUGCAGAUCUCCGGAGGCCAAGAUGACACAUUCCAGCCUCUGCAUAUCCCCACAAUGCACCGUGCAAUGAGCAUGGAGCAUUGGGGAGAUCUCCCAGGAGAUGGGUGCUGUAGGUGCCCAUCUCUGUUCACUCGGGCUGGAAGCAGCCCAGGCAUACACAUGAUCCCGGCAGCUGGGUUGCGGGCGCACUCACGCCUCUAACCUCAGCUAAAGGCCUGGCUACAAAGUGGGGUUAAGCUGGGCAAGAGCUCUGGGAUAGGGAGCUAGCCUGGAAGGAAGUGGUGGGUACUGGCUAGCGUGUCACUCACUGGAACUUCUGCUGCUCUGAGCAGCUUCUGGAUCAGACACUGGCUGACAUCCUGAGACUAACAAUGCAACGUCAGCCACUCAGACCUCUGGGACACCACAAGCCCUAAGGCUUUUCAUUUCAGAAAUAAAAUCUUGAUUUCCCCGUCAGAAUAACUGCAUCGAAAGUGUUUCCACACAAGAACAGGGACAGAUGCAUUUGUGGUCUUGGCUGUUUAUAACCUGUGGGCACUAGAGUGAUUAAUGGCAUUUGAAAGGUACCAUAUGAUUGAAGAAUUUGUGCCUUAGGGCUUGUGGUGUCCCAGAAGUCUGAGUGGCUGACAUUCUGACUAACAAAGCACCAGUGCAAUGGGAAAAGCACUGGUGUAACACCAGUGCUUCUGAAGAGUUCCAGAUUAAUUCUGCAGAAGAGUAGUGUGUAUAUGGGGGGAUUUCAGUGACUUCCCCUUCCCUCGAAAGCCCUCUGGGUUCACCUGAAAAUGUAUCCUGAGGGUUGCACAGCCUAUUUUCAGGUGGCACAAAGCGUUUCCUGGGGAAGAGGAGGUGGUUGAAAUUUGCUCCCACUUCUGAGCCAACAGUGAAACUGAGUUAGUUGAACUUUUCAGAAUCACCGUUGCUUCUCCCAUUGCAUUGUUAGUCUCAGGAUGUCAGCCAGUGUCUGAUCCAGAAGCUGCUCAUUCUAACAAUAUAUUUGGGCACUGGCUGUGAAUACUCAGGGGUCAAGGAAAGGCACUCUGCACAUACCCAGAAACACUUUUGUCUUGACAAGUAGUUCACAUUUUCCAGGGCUGGGUCUGAACAUUAAAAUAGAUUCCAGGGUUUAGUCCUGUUGAGCCCUAGAUCAACUUAAGUCCUAGCACUGGACAACACUUAAAAGUUUUCCCCACCAUUAUUUUAGUAGUGAAAUGGGCAAGAGUUCGCUGUAGGGUGUCAAAAGGGCUAAAAAUGGUAUGGAUUUAAAGCAAUUCCUUUACAUUGUCUUUUAUAUUUGUAGUGGAGGAGAUUUUCAACAGUAGGUGUAUGUAUAGUGAUGGAAAAUAUGGCUCUAUGGCCCCCUUUUCUAUGGCAUUCAUAGUCCACUAGGAUGGCUAAGCAGCUUCCCUCCAUCCUCAUUUUCAAAGGACAUGCCUACUACUUCUUUCUUGUUCCUUUAGGAACAUAGGAAGCUGCCAUAUACUGAGUCAGACCAUUGGUCCCUCUACCUCAGUAUUGUCUACCCAGACUGGCAGUGGCUUCUCUGAGGCUGCAGGGAGGAAUUUUUCUCAGACCUAUCUUGAAGAAGCCAGGGAGAGAACUUGGAACCUUCUACUCUUCCCAGAGCGGCUCCAUCCCCUGAGGGGAAUAUCUUACAGUGCUCACAUGUUUAGUCUCCCAUUCAUAUGCAACCAGGGCAGACCCUGCUUAGCUAAGGGGACAAGUCAUGCUUGCUACCACAAGACCAGCUCUCCACCCAUGUUAUGCUUCAUGUUAUGCAUAGGUUGUAUUGAAAUAACUUGCAGCAACUGUUCUUCUUUAUGUGGAGAAGGGGUAGAGUGAUUUCCUGUAGCCUCUUUUACAUCUUUUCUCUUCAUUAUGAUAAAAGCUCUAGGAUCCCCAUUUGUCUCCCAAUGGAAUUAAACACAUGCACAGUAUAAUGGCCCUUUUGCAAAGGCCUGGCUCACACAGUUCUUCAAAUUUGGUUUAAUGUGAGUUACCAAUAUUAGUGUGACUGAACCCCAUACCAAGGUGGUUUAUGGCUGGAGAUGAAUUUGAGAUUCCUACUUUGGCGUGGGUUCACACACUCACACUAAUGUUGUUAUUAACCCACAUUACGCCUAGAUUCAAACAACUGUGUGAACCAGACCCAAGGGUACUCAAUUUAUCCAAGUGGACUGGAUGACAUCCAAAGUAUUAGGACAACCAAGAAAAGUUUAAUAUCUUCCUAAAUACAGAGGUAAUUGGAUAUCAUUAUCCGCUUACCAUUCGUCAUUAUCAAUGGCUACUAGUUUGGUGGCUGUGGGCCAUCUCCAGCCUCAGAGGCACAAUGCCUCUCAAUACCAGUUGCAGAGGAGCAAGAGCAGGAGAGAGGGCAUGCACAUACCUCUUGCCUGUGGGCUUCCCAGAGGCAUCUGGUAGGCCACUGUGUGAAACAGGAUGCUGGACUAGAUGGGCCUUGGGCCUGAUCCAGCAGGGCUGUUCUUGUGUUCUUAUUAUCGUUAUACCAGAUAAUUACCAACUUUUAUCUGGUGUACAUGGUAAGUAUUCUUAAAAGAAAUCUACUUUAUAAUUUUCAAUAUGUGCCCGCCCGCCCCCCACCCACAAACACACACACUACAGACAAGGGGAAAUAAUGCCAAGUAGUAAGCUCAAGGUCUUAGAUGGCACAUGAUCAGUUUUCCAGAACCAGAUCCUUGACCAUAUAUGACUUCAUUUAGGGUUUCAGUGCCUCAGCUCAAUGUGCAUUUUAAAACACAAAUUUGAAGUUACACAAUGUAUCUCUUACUGAUACCUUCUGUUGUUAUCUUCAAAAACUUGCAAUUCACAAAAGAUAUAUUUGCAUAAGGUUAUCCCAUUUUUAUGCCAGAAUUAGGAAAUUCAUGAGGAUGAUCAAUGUUAGAGACAUUGGCAUUUAAAAAAAGUUAUCCUACCUUAUUUCUCCAAGACAAAAACUUUUUUUUUAUUGCUAUCAAUAUUAAAUAUAGGUCUCAUUCAUACAGUGUAUGAGUAGGAUCAUUUAGUCAUUUGUCCACAUGGACCAAUUUUUUUUUAAAGUUAAUUUUCCUUGUGUUAUAUUCAGUUGAAAAUAGGAAAUCUGUUCUUUUUCAAUGUAUGUCAAACAUCUGAUGUUUUAAGCUUAGCUAUUUAGGUACUUGUAUACUAAGGUGGUGUUGUAGUAAAGUGAGUUUUUCUUGAUAUAUAUUUAUUAAAAUGAUAAAAAAUCAUUUUGAUUUAAAUCUUUAAA